AGAAAUACAGAGGAAUGAACUCCGAUUGUGUUAGGUGCGGGCAGAGUAAUUGGGCACCAGGACAGCAGCAGCCCCAGGGUUGGUGGCACCCGAUCCAAUGCAGGAAGAGACGGGAAUGAGAGAGCAAGGAUUCUGGCACGGCAAACGUACAUAUACGGCAUUCAGCACCAUGUUUUAUGGCUCCUCAGUGAGCAUGUCCCCACCUUCUACUAGUAAACUCAAGCGCCAGAGCAAAAUAUUUACACAGGCCUUGUACCGCACACUGAGCUAUCGAGAUAGACGAUCUGUAGCAGAGUUUCCUUUCCCUGUGACUGAUGAUCCUGCUGAACUUUCCAUCCAACUUUCAGCUCCAGGAGUGCUGAAGAUUUUUGGAGGAGAAAUAUGCAGGGGAGCACAUUACAAAAGUGUUUUGGCUACAUCCAAGUCAAGUGCAAAAGAGCUAGUCAAAGAAGCCUUGGAACGCUAUUCAUUAAGUAAGGCAUUCGCUAGUGAAUAUGUACUGUGUGAUGUUAUUGGAAGGUUUGAAGGUGCUAACAAGCACUGGAGAAUGGAGGGCCUUCGUUCUCUUGGGGACAAUGAGAAACCUCUCCUGAUUCAGGACCUUUGGAAGCCUAAAGAGGGAUAUGCCCGCAGAUUUGAGCUUCGUAAACGUUCAGAUGUAGAACAGAUGGCAGCCAGAGAAAAAGACACCAUUACUGCCUGUAUCAAUGCCCAGGCCCGAAAGCUGCAGAGGCAUCGUGCAAGAGUUACCAUGACAUUACCAUCUGAUCAUAACUUAAACCCCGGAGCAACUUCACUCCGACGGAGCCUGAGCGAGACCAGCCUUCAUCAGGCAGGCACCCAGAAUGAAGAAAUAAAGAGGUACUGCUCCACACUACCUGGCCCAAUUAUAAAUGUGAACAUGGAUGCAAGAGAGCAUAAAAAGCAAGAAGAGAAGGAAAACAGCAUCCGGCAAUCCCUGCAUCAGUUUCCACACCUCCUCCUCCUACAGGGAUACAGUCAACAAAAUGACAAUUUGGUUUACAUUUUGAAUCGGGACCAUUUUGCCUUGGGUAAAGAAACACUUUCUGCAAAACCCAAUAUCGUGCUGUCAGCCCCUGACAUUCUUCCACUUCACUGCAAAAUCAGAAGAAUUAAGCAGUUUAACAGAAGUGGGAAAAGGGCAGAAGAAAAGAUGGUUUUGGAACCAGUUGCUGGAGCCAGUGUAUUAAUCAACUUCCGUGAAGUUCGGAAACCCUGCCAGCUCCAUCACAGAGACCUUUUGUCAGUUGGACUCUACUAUAUUUUUUUGUAUAAAGAUCCUUCCAAUGCCAAACCUUUAUCAAUCCAGACACUGCUGAACCUAAAAGUAAUGAACGCUCCUCCUGAAGAGGUUGGUUCCAUCUGUAGGAAGUGUGGUUCCCUACUAAAGGAAAGGCCCACUGCCCACAGAAUGCACAGGAUCUCCAAGUACAACAGGAGUUCUCAGAGAAGGAAGGUACAGCUGGAAUAUGAGAGCUCAUUUGAGGACAUGCUGCUGGACAGAAUUAUGAGCCUAAUUGAACCUGGAGGGGAUGACUUUAAAUUGACCCCUGCUUUCUUGUUCUGUUUGUGCAUUCAGCACUCUGCUUCUGCUUUCAGCCCAGGAAAUUUUAGCCAGCUUCUUUUAAAGAUUGCAAAAAGGAUCCAGUCUGCAGCAUGGGAGAAGACUAGAGAACUUGCAGAAAAGCAAUCAUUUCAACAAGACAGUACAUCUCUGUCGCUCCUAACUAUUACAGACCUGGUACCAGAUCUGCAACAUAUCCUCUUCUGGAUGUCUAACUCCAUAGAACUUUUGUACUUUAUACAGCAAAAGACACCUGGAUAUAUACAAAGCAUGGAGGAAGAACUGGACAUGCGAGGGUCAAAGGAAUCAUUGAUUUCAUCAACAAUCACAGCCAAUGAAGAGGCCAUGAAUAUCUUAGAAGAAGUGAUAAUGUACACAUUUCAGCAGUGUGUCUAUUAUAUUACAAAGACUCUGUAUGUUGCACUCCCAAACCUUUUGAAGUCUACCCCCUUUCUAAGUGAAAACGUUGAUUCCAGGCAGAGUACGUCUCCAUUUCCUGAUGUAGUGCAAAAGGUAGUUCUCAUUUAUCAGACUGCAACGGAGCUCCUUCACCAUUUUGAAGUGCACACUGAGGUGGCAACUCAGAUGUUUGCAUAUCUUUUCUUUUUCUCUAAUGCUUCGCUCUUCAACCAGCUGAUGGACAAAGGGCCUGGCUGGGGUUGUUUCCAGUGGCCAAGAGGAGCACACAUACAGGGCAGUCUCCAGCUUCUCCUAGACUGGACAAGAACCGUAGACCUUGGCCAUAUGGCAGAUGAGUUUUUCACCAGACUCUCCACUGCAGUGCGUCUUCUAGCAUUGCCAGCUUCACAGCUAACACAGAUGAACUGGCAAUCCCUACGGUCAGAAUUUCCAGCGCUAAACCCUGCACAGUUGCACCACAGCCUAACACAGUACCAGCUGGCAACAAGCACAGGGCCCAUCCCUUUCUGGCAACCAGACACCAAAGAUAUGCCUGCAGCCUCCAGGACAGAGGAGAUUCUGGAACAUUUUGACAACCAUCCUCCCAUUGUGUUACCAACUGGAAAUUUCAAGGUGGAUUUGGAGGAAGAUCCAUUAAAUGACAAUGUCUACAGACACCUGUUGUACAUAAGGCACUUCCUCUGGAGUCUGCGGAGCAAGAUAUCAACUAAUGGUUACCAAAACAAUGGUGAGCACCAGAUAUCUCUGGAUAAAGCAAAAGUCCAAAUGGAGAAUCAUGCUGCCUUUUCAGGACACAGAAAUGCCACUGAUCGACCAAAGAACAAUCACACUGAUAUGCAGGUGGAUGCUGCAAUGGAUGGUAGAGCUUCUGUUUCAUCUAGCACUAGUGGUUCGACUAAGAACAGUCACCCAAAUGAGGAAAAGGUGAAGGGAAAAGUACAGCGUUUACAUCACCAGAGCACAUUGGGAAGAAAUGGCCACCCAAGGCAAAACACACAGGCUGUGGGCACUUCCUGUCUGCUGACACCACCAAACACUCCUUUAAACAUUGAUAUGGGGCACACAGGCACAACGUAUAACAAUAGCUGCAGAAAAGAUCUCACAAAUGGGCAUAAUGAUGGGUUCAGCACUAAGAAAAGCAAACGAACUGAGAGUAACCAGGGCAAUGUCACUGUUCCAUAUGAUUUUCCAACCCCUGUCUACUCUGGCCGAUAUGAUUUUCCAACCCCUGUCUCCUCUGGCCGAAGCUCUGCAACAGAUGACUUCUGUUUUGUGUUUGUGACAGAGAUAGAAAAGGGACCCUAUGGACUGGGAAUGGGGCUCAUCGAUGGCCUGCACACACCCUUGAAUUCACCUGGAAUCUAUGUCAGAACACUGAUACCGGACAGCCCGGCAGCUACGGAUGGCAAGCUCAGCAUUGGAGACCGGAUCUUAGCUGUGAACGGCACCAGCCUGAUAGGAGCAGAUUACCAGGGUGCGGUGGACCUCAUACGCCUAGGAGGAAAGAAACUGAGGUUCCUUGUUGCCAAGUCUGAUGUUGAGAUUGUAGAGAAGAUAAGUGCUUCCUCAUGCUAGCAUAUGUUAAUGGUAACAUGAGCUGCAAUGUAGAGCAGCCAUCUGUCCUUGUUGUGACUGAUCAUCAGCUGAUAAAAGGGCUAAGAUUUAUCAUCUGGAAUACUGAUGGAUUUUAAUACAGAUCUAGGAAAGCCAAGAUAAUUAAUGCAAACCAAGGAGCAGUGCUCACUUAAACUUCUGUCAGUUUCCCACUACAACACAGGAAUAUUUUGGUCCACUGAUCUUCUGAAAUGCUGUGCGAGUCCUGCAAGCAGAAACAUGGUUCAAAUGCUUCUUCAACUCACGGGGUAUACAUUAUUUGAGUUUUUAUGAACAAAGUGUAAGUCAAAGGAGGGGUAUCUGAAAAUAACCAUCUUCAGUUUCUAAUCAUGAAAAUGAAACACUUAAAAUGCUGAAAAAUAUAUGUUACUGGAGUAGAGAAAGAACAUAUUCAGAAGAAAGUACCAUUCCCAAGUGUAUUAAAUAAACUCUAUAAAGUAUAAUUAAAGAGAAUGACAA